GUUGUCUACCGCUGGGAAUUAAAUCACCGGCCUACAUCUAAAGCCAUUUUAUUGGGCCCGGGCAUACCCCAUCUUGAAGACCUUGGUGAGCUAAUGGGCCUUGCUGCCUUGUACCAGGAAAGUCAUAAUUGUGAUCGAUUGAUUGGCCGACCACUUAAAUGCAUGCGGAGCUGCCUCGAAGUCUUGCGUUUUAGUACGCCAGCUCAUCACCUCCACGACUUUUGCAAGAGCUCCAUUAUUUGCACGGUUGAAUGUGUCCGGUACUUGGAGCACCAUCUGGAGAACUAUGUGAUGGAGCUAUCUCGAGUUUUUUUCAAGAAGAAAAAUCUAAGAGGAAACCUUGAUUGGUGGCUCCCUGCCUUCUAUAGUCUCUGUAUCCAAGGUUUCGUAAGAAGGGCACUUUGCCACAUCCUCAACAGUGAGGACUACCAUAAAAAUAUCCAACGUUCUAUCUCCGCCACCCAAUACCUACAUAUCGCCGUCCGGUUGUUCAUUGCUAGAUCUGGUUUGUAUGACCCACUAGUUCCGGGGAGCCUAGAUGAGAGCCUAGGCGCGGAUGAAACCACCAUUCACAACUACCAAGCUGCUCAGGUCGCAGUAAACUGGUCUUCUUGGGCAUCACAUGAUAUCUGGAACUCUGGCAGCUUUCUCAGGUACCUGUUUGAAGACAAGGGUGGUGUUUUGCCCACCAAGGAUGAUACCACUGUGGAGAAAUUACGAAGAUAGAAUGAAAUUGUAUAGAAUGCAGAGUUAUACCCAAUAUAAUAUGGAACAAGCAAGUUUGGGACCACUGGAA